AUGAUCAACGCAACGCAAGGCAACGCAACCCGCGAAACGGGAAACGGGAAACGGGAAACGGGAAACGGGAAGCGGGAAGCGGGAAGCGUCAGUCGACUGACUCAAGAUGCAGGCCGACUUCUUCCUUCUACUUUAUUUGCCUCUUCCAAAAAGAAAGAAGAAGAAGAAGAAGAAGGAGAAGAAGGAGAAGAAGGAGAAGAAGAAGAAGAAGCAAAAGAAGCGCAUGUCAUGACGGAUAGACAGACAGACGCAACGCCGAGAACCAAUCGCAUCACACCAUUAUUAUGCUUUGGUACAGUAUCACUCGGCGGAAGUACCAAAAAGAUAGUUCGGAGGAAGAGAAAAAGAAAAGAAGUGGACUCCUCCUCGGACUACAACAAUGCGUACGAACGUGCGUACGUAUGGCGACAAGGACAGGGCUACGUUGAGGAUCAACACGUUGAGCUUGCCGGCUGGGUUUUGCCGGCUGGCAGAACCGAUGGAUGGAUAGGCAGAAAGAAGCAAGAAAGGAACGGAUUGUAA